AUGGGGGGAACGGAGACGGAAGCCGCGGGAGGUUCCGGUGCAGGGGAUAGGGUAGGGCUCAUGUGGCUGAAGGUACAGCGGCGGAACGGCGGGCUGAGGCUGGGCGGGCUGAUCAGGCUGGGCGUGCUGCGGCGGCGAUGGAGGAUCUAUUACUUCCUCGUCAGAAUCCAUCAUAUUGAAGGAAAAUUAGUUCUAUGUAAUCCUUCAACUAGAAUAUACAGAGUCAUUCCGUCUCCCUCUUUCAACGAAGCGAUUUUCCUUUACAAUGGUCCAUUUCAUGUAAGAUACGGGUUUGGGUACGACGAGUCGCACGACGAUUACAAGGUUAUCUACAUUAAAGACACCAAUUAUAUUUUCCCGGAACCCUACCAGUACGAGACGAGGAUGUACAGUUCAAAGACAAAUUCUUGGAAGAAAUUCGACAACUACGAAAAGCAUCGUCUUCAGGGUACGCAUGACGUCAUUUUAGUCAAAGGAAGGCUUCAUUGGCUGGUUCAAUAUAAUAGGAAUACCGGUAGUCGCGAUAUUGUCUCCCUUGAUUUGGCGGAGGAGGAAUAUCAUACUUUCUCGCAUGGUGUUGAAUAUUCUUCUGGGGUGGUCUCUUUGGUCGAACUCGGAGGCUACCUUGGUUUGAUGAAUUUAAUGAGUGGUGCGGAUGCGAAUGUAUGGGUUAUGAAGGAGUAUGGUGUGACAGAAUCGUGGACUAAAGUUUGGACAUUAUCGAACUUUAUAGAUCAAUUACCUCGCAAGUGUAUCGGUGAUAGGGGCAAGUUAAAACCCUUGUGUUGGAGCAAGAAUAGAGAUAUUUUAAUUGCAUCCGGACAGUAUGUAGUUGUUUGUAACGGAAAAAACGUACUGCGCAAAUCUCGAGUUGGUAGUGUGUUUGAGCACAGAAUUCAACCCAUUGUUUAUAUUGAAAGCUUAGUUUCACCACUGAUUGAUCAACAAUAG